CGCACCGGCAGCACCGGCAGCACCGGAGCUCUCCCGGGCCCCUCCCGGCGGCCGGCACCGGGCACUGGCGCCGCGGAGCCACGAUGCGCCCCCGAGGGUCCUGGGCCGCUGGCCCGGCUGUGCUGCUGCUCCUGGCCGGCGUCCUCGCCUCCGACACGCCGCCCAGCCCCCGGGGACGGAAGAAGGUGGUCCACGUCAUGGAGGGGGACAGCGGGGCCGUGGUGGUGCAGACGGCCCCGGGGAAAGUGGUGACGCACCGGGGCGGCACCAUCAUCCUGCCCUGCCGCUACCACUACGACGUCUCGGCCCACGACCCCGAUGAGAUCCGCCUCAAGUGGACCAAGGUGACGGAGCCGAUGGCCUUCGUGGACGUCUUCGUGGCCCUGGGGAAGGCGCGGCGGGCGUUCGGCAGCUACCGCGGGCGCACGGCCCUGCAGGAGGACGGCUUCGGGGACGCCUCGCUCAUCAUCCGCAACGUCACCCUUCAGGACUACGGCCGCUACGAGUGCGAGGUCACCAACGAGCUCGAGGAUGACACCGGCAUGGUCAAGCUGGACCUUGAAGGUGUGAUCUUCCCCUACCACCCGCGCCUGGGCCGCUACACCCUGAACUUCCACGAGGCGCAGCAGGCGUGCCUGCAGCAGGACGGCAUCCUGGCCUCGCACGACCAGCUGCACCAAGCCUGGCUGGAGGGCAUGGACUGGUGCAACGCGGGCUGGCUGGAGGACGGCUCCGUGCAGUACCCCAUCUCCCGGCCGCGGGAGGAGUGCGGCCGCAAGGACACGCCGGUGGGGGUGCGCAACUACGGCUACCGGCACAAGGAGAGCGAGCACUACGACGCCUUCUGCUUCACCUCCAACCUCAACGGCAAAGUCUACUUCCUGAAGACGUACCGCAAGCUGAGCUACGCCGAGGCGGUGCAAGCCUGCAAGAACAACGGGGCAGCCGUGGCCAAGGUGGGGCAGCUCUACGCCGCCUGGAAGAUCCAGCUGCUGGACCGCUGCGAGGCCGGCUGGCUGGAGGACGGCAGCAUCCGCUACCCCAUCGUCAACCCGCGGGCGCGCUGCGGCGGCCGGGAGCCCGGCGUGCGCAACCUGGGCUUCCCGGACAAAAAGUACAAGCUUUUCGGGGUGUAUUGCUUCAAGAAGGCUGGCGAGGCUGCCCCCGAGAAGGAACAGGGCGGGGGGCAUCCCAACCGCGUGUGAUGCAGUCCUGGGGCUCCCCAAGGGGGGUACCCAGCUUCGCAUGGCUGCGGAGCAUCCUCAGACUCUGCUGGGAGCCCCCUGGGGUUGUGGCUCUGCACCUUGAACUGGAAGAGCCUGGGCAGUGCCAGCGCCUGCUCUGCUGUCACCAAAGCCCAGCGAUGCUUGGGGAAAAAAACUGAGGCACCAGGAGGAGAAGGCGCUGAGCCACCCGGGCACGAGGCCUGCGCUCGGAGCCGGUGCCAGCUCCCCAGCCCACCUGCAGUUAUCGCUUAGAAAUCAGCGCAUUGCAUGUGCAAAAAGCCUGGCAGGAGCAAAGCAGGACCGAGCCCACCGCAGCCCUCGGGCUCGCCAGCUCCACGCUGCCGCCAGGGCUGCGCAGCACCAAACCCAGCCGUGGGGACACCGCAGGUGUGCAUUGAGCCCCCAAAAUUGUGUCGCCGGUGCAGGCUGAGCCACGCACCCGCAGCGCCCGCUCGGGGCUGGGCGCUGCAGCCUCUCGCCUUCGCGCUUGGCUUAGAGCAGAAGUGGCCGUGGCCAGCAGAUGCCCGCAGGCACUGGCCCAUGCCCCGGACCCAGCCGGGCACCGGCUCCAGGUUUCGUGCAGCCCCAGUGCUGCGAGCUGGACUUAGGUGAAAUAAAAGCUUCGG